AUGGAUCCUCCACAGUGUAAUGGAAUCCCUCCUGGAAAUGGAAACGGUCGAGCUAGGCAGACUCGACCAAUUGGACUUGGUGAUGCUCCAAAUCGCCACCAGCAAAGAAAAGGGUUUGUCCCUCCUCCUGUCCAGAACCACAACUUUGA